GGGGGUGACGGAGCUCUAGCGCGGUGACGAGCAAAGUGUGUGCCCGCCAUAGUGAUAGCAGCCGCCGGGCCGCGGUGCGUGGGGGGCCGGAAGGAGGCCGAGAGGGGCAGCAGCGACGCCGGACAGGGUGAGUCAUGACUUCAUGUUCUGAACUUGUGGAUUCCAAGGCUGAGCUUACUGCUUUGCUGGAGCAGUGGGAAAAAGAGCAUGGCAGUGGGCAAGAUAUUGUUCCUAUCCUUACUCGAAUGUCGGAAUUGAUUGAGAAGGAGACAGAAGAGUACCGCAAGCGAGAUCCGGAUCCAUUUGAUGAUAGGCACCCUGGUCGGGCGGAUCCAAAAUGUAUGCUUGGCCACUUGCUGAGGAUACUCUUCAAGAACGACGAUUUCAUGAAUGCACUGGUGAAUGCUUAUGUGAUGACAAGCAGAGAACCACCUUUGAAUACCGCUGCCUGUCGACUCCUUUUGGACAUCAUGCCUGGGCUGGAAACUGCUGUCGUCUUUCAGGAAAAGGAAGGCAUAGUUGAGAAUCUCUUCAAGUGGGCACGAGAGGCUGAUCAACCUCUGAGGACAUUUGCAACUGGAUUGCUGGGAGGGGCCAUGGAGAACCAAGACAUUGCUGCUAACUACAGAGAUGAGAAUUCUCAAUUGGUGGCGUUUGUGCUUCAGCGCUUGAGAGAGCUGCAAGUGAAUGAAGUGAACACAAAACACGAAAACAAGCGGCCUAGUCCUCGAAAAGUACCCUCAGACUCUCUGCUGCCUCUGGAUGAAGAAGCUGUGGACAUGGAUUAUGGGGAGAUGGCUGUGGAUGGCGAACAGGAGGAAGUUACCGGGGAUAUGGAAAUCUCAUUUAACCUUGACUCAAAUCACAAGACUAGUAGUCGGGUGAACUCUGCCACAAAAAAAUCAGGGAAGCAACACGAAAGAGAGAAUUUCCGGAAAGCAAAACAAAAACUCGGCUUCUCUUCGGAGCCAGAAAGGAUGUUUGUUGAACUGUCUAACAGCAGCUGGUCAGAGAUGUCUCCUUGGGUGAUUGGCACGAACUAUACCUUAUACCCUUUGACCUCCGCUAUAGAGCAAAGGUUAAUUCUGCAGUAUUUGACUCCCUUAGGGGAGUAUCAAGAGCUGCUUCCCAUCUUUAUGCAACUUGGAUCAAGAGACCUAAUGAUGUUCUAUAUUGAUUUGAAACGGACCAAUGAUGUACUGCUCACCUUUGAAGCCCUGAAGUAUUUGGCAUCACUGCUGCUCCACAACAAGUUUGCAACAGAGUUUGUUGCUCAUGGAGGAGUGCAGAAGCUGCUGGAGAUUCCUCGUCCUUCCAUGGCAGCUACAGGUGUCUCCAUGUGCUUAUAUUAUUUGUCUUACAAUCAGGAUGCCAUGGAAAGGGUCUGCAUGCAUCCCCACGUGUUAUCAGAUGUUGUGAACUACACCUUGUGGUUGAUGGAAUGCUCUCAUGCCUCGGGCUGCUGCCAUGCUACCAUGUUCUUCUCUAUUUGUUUUUCAUUCCGUGCGGUCUUGGAGCUCUUCGAUAGGCAUGAUGGCUUACGGCGCCUUGUUAACUUGAUUAGCACUCUUGAUAUCUUAAACCUGCAAACCCAAGGUGCACUACUAAGCGACGAUGAGAUUUUUGCCAGCCGCCAGACUGGGAAACACACUUGCAUGGCCAUGCGCAGGUAUUUUGAGGCUCAUCUUGCCAUCAAAGUGGAACAGGUGAAGCAGUCACUCCAGCGCACUGAAGGUGGCAUCCUGGUCCAUCCGCAGCCUCCAUAUAAGGCUUGUUCCUACACGCAUGAACAGAUUGUAGAGAUGAUGGAGUUCCUAAUAGAAUAUGGGCCAGGACAGCUCUAUUGGGAUCCAGCAGAGGUCUUCCUCAAGCUGUCUUGUGUGCAGCUCAUGCUCCAACUUAUUUCAAUAGCAUGCAACUGGAAGACCUACUAUGCUAGGAAUGACACAGUGCGUUACGCUCUGGAUGUUCUGGCCAUCCUUACUGUGGUUCCUAAAAUCCAGUUGCAGUUAGCAGAGGCGGUAGAUACGGUGGAUGAGGGAGGAACUUCUAUUUCCAUUGUGGGUAUCAGCAUCAUUCUGGGGCUUGCUGAAGGAGAAUUCUUUAUCCACGAUGCAGAAAUCCAGAAGUCAGCCCUUCAGAUUAUUAUUAACUGUGUGUGCGGCCCAGAUAACCGCAUCUCCAGCAUUGGCAAAUUCAUCUCUGGCACCCCACGCCGGAUGCUCCCCCAGGCACCCAGGAGCGGCGAGCACACCCUGGCCAAGAUGUGGAACGUAGUGCAGUCCAACAACGGCAUCAAGGUGCUGCUGUCUCUGCUGUCUGUGAAAAUGCCCAUUACAGAUGCGGACCAGAUCCGAGCGUUGGCCUGCAAAGCCUUGGUUGGGUUAUCCCGGAGCAGUACGGUCCGGCAGAUCAUCAGCAAGUUGCCUCUCUUCAGCAGCUGCCAGAUCCAGCAGCUGAUGAAGGAGCCUGUGCUCCAGGAUAAGCGCAGCGAGCACGUGAAGUUUUGCAAGUAUGCCGCUGAGCUGAUUGAGCGGGUCUCUGGGAAACCCUUGCUGAUUGGGACAGACGUCUCCUUGGCUCGACUUCAGAAAGCAGACGUUGUGGCUCAGUCGAGGAUUUCGUUUCCCGAGAAGGAGCUGCUGCUUUUGAUCAGGAACCAUCUCAUCUCUAAAGGGCUGGGAGAAACUGCUACCAUCCUUACCAAGGAGGCGGAUCUACCCAUGACGGCUGCUUCUCAUUCCUCCGCCUUCACCCCUGUUCCUGCUGCCGCCUCUCCUGUGCCUCUGCCUCGUACCCCUCGUAUAGCGAAUGGCAUUUCUGCCCGGUUGACUAACCACCCUUCUGUGGUUCCUGCUGCUUCCUCUGUCCAUGCCCAGCCAAGGCAGACUGCCUGCCAGGGCUCGCUUGCUCUCCCGGGGCCAUCUCAGGCCACCAGCUCUCCAGUGAUUGGCAGGAUUAGCUUUGUUCGAGAGAGGCCGUCUCCCUGCAAUGGCAGGAAGAUUAGAGUGCUUCGGCAAAAAUCAGACCAUGGCGCCUACAGCCAGAGCCCAGCUAUCAAAAAGCAGCUGGACAGGCACCUCCCUUCCCCUCCCACGCUGGACAGUAUAAUCACAGAGUACCUUAGGGAACAGCAUGCUCGCUGCAAGAACCCUGUGGCCACUUGCCCUCCUUUCUCUCUUUUUACACCCCACCAGUGUCCUGAGCCAAAACAGAGGCGCCAAGCGCCAACUAACUUUACCUCGCGGCUGUCACGCAGGGCGGCCUUUCCAAAGUACGGCGGGGUGGAUGGCGGGUGCUUUGAUAGGCACCUUAUAUUCAGCAGGUUCCGUCCAAUUUCUGUCUUCCGGGAAGCAAAUGAAGAUGAGAGUGGCUUCACGUGUUGUGCAUUUUCUGCGCGGGAGCGAUUCCUGAUGCUGGGCACUUGCACGGGGCACCUGAAACUCUACAACGUCUUCAGUGGGCAGGAGGAGGCCAGCUAUAAGUGCCACAACUCUGCCAUCACACACCUUGAGCCUUCUAGGGACGGCUCUUUACUGCUGACGUCUGCAUCUUGGAGCCAGCCUCUUUCUGCAUUGUGGGGAAUGAAGUCUGUCUUUGAAACCAAGCAUUCCUUUACAGACGACCACUAUGUGGAAUUCAGCAAGCACUCUCAGGACAGGGUUAUUGGCACAAAGGGGGACAUUGCCCAUAUCUAUGAUAUUCAGACUGGCAACAAGCUGUUAACUCUGUUUAAUCCAGAUCUUGCAAACAACUACAAGAAGAAUUGUGCCACUUUUAACCCCACAGACGACCUUGUCUUAAAUGAUGGCGUCCUUUGGGAUGUCCGCUCUGCACAGGCUAUUCACAAGUUUGAUAAAUUCAACAUGACCAUCAGUGGUGUUUUUCAUCCAAAUGGGCUGGAAGUCAUAGUCAACACAGAAAUUUGGGACCUGCGAACUUUCCACUUGCUACACACAGUGCCAGCCUUGGAUCAGUGCCGUGUCGUCUUCAACCAUACUGGAACAGUCAUGUAUGGAGCAAUGUUGCAGGCCGACGAUGAAGAUGAUCUUCUGGAAGAGAGGAUGCGGAGUCCCUUUGGAUCAUCUUUCAGGACUUUCAAUGCAACAGACUACAAACCAAUUGCCACCAUUGAUGUGAAAAGGAACAUAUUUGACCUGUGUACAGACACAAAGGACUGUUACUUGGCGGUGAUUGAGAACCAAGGAAGCAUGGAUGCCAUGAACAUGGAUACUGUUUGCAGGCUCUACGAGGUGGGCAGGCAGCGUUUGGCAGAAGAUGAGGAGGAUGAGGAGGAAGACCAGGAGGAGGAGGAACAGGAAGAAGAUGACGACGAGGAUGAGGAUGACACAGAUGACCUUGACGAGCUGGACACUGACCAGCUUCUAGAGGCUGAUCUGGAGGAAGAGGAAAACAACGAGAAUGCGGGAGAGGAUGGAGAAAACGACUUCUCGCCUUCUGACGAUGAGGAGCUGGCCAACCUGCUUGAAGAGGGAGAUGAAGGAGAGGAUGAAGACUCUGACGCUGAUGAGGAAGUUGAGCUGAUCCUCGGGGAUACUGACAGCUCAGAUAAUUUGGAUUUGGAAGAUGACAUAAUCUUAUCUCUGAAUGAGUGAGGAGUGGCCACCCCACAGGAUGUUGGCAGCAGGAAAGCUCCGUUCUCGGAAGCCAGGAGGCCAAAUCCAGGAGGUGAUACUGAGCAGCCGCUCAUAUCCUAAUUCUUGGGAGACCCAUCUAAAGAACUCUAGCCCUUCUGACCUUGCAGUGGACAGAUGCAGGCUCCUGACACAUCUGGAACCUUCCUACCAAGAGACCCAGGAGCUUGACCUUUAUUUUUCUCUGCCUUUUUAUUUUUGGUUUUGAGGCUGAGACAUGACUCUCCUCUCCACAGGGAGUUCCGAAGAUAUUUCACAAUAUAUUUUCUUUGUAUAAAGUUCUUUCCUAAAGAACAGAAAUAGUUUUAUAUGAAACAACAAAAAAAAGGAUAAAAAACAAAACAGGCAGGUAUUAUAAAGAGGGUAUGGAUUUGUAAUCUUCUAAUGUUUAGUCACUAUGACAAGUUUCUGGGGGAUAAAUAAGUUUAAAAAGGGCAUUUUUACUGAAAAGCGUGGCAGGCAGGGUGGGAUUGAAUCAUGGAUUGUAAAAGCUGUAGGUGAUUUUUAUUUUGAACAUAAUUUUUUAAUGGAUGUGUUGCUACCUGCUGUGAAAUGUUCGGGGUUUUUUUUUUUUUGUCUGAUGACUCCUGACAAAAGCCCUGCGAGUUCCUGCUAUAGUAGCCAUGGCAGAAGACUAGAGAUCCCGUUCUGUCUUGCUCAGAAUCUGCCAUUGCUGGAGAUGAAGGACUCUAGUUUACAAGCUCCUCGCCUCACCCCCUUCCUACGUAUUUUUGUGUUUGGAAUUUUAAAAUUUUAUUUUUUCCCCCCUUUCCCUUCUGCCCUUGUGUGAAAACUACAAAUCGAAGGCCUUUUUUUCUUUCAUGUAAAUUGUAUUUAUUAAAAAAAUAAAUAAAAUCCAAGUCCUGUCUGUUUGUA